ACUACCACUCGAGCGGCAGGAUGAUGCUCAAGCUGGCGGCAGCCCUCGGCCGCCUGGUGCUCUCCGGCCGAGAGCUAGCCCGCCUGUCGGGCUUCAGCUCUAGGGUCACGGGCCUCAUUGACGUGAUCGACGACGCCAACAGAGGCGUUUUCAAGAGGGGACAGGUGCCGAAUAGCCCCGGUGCCGCUAUCCCCGGAGCGGAGGCGGCGGCAGCGGCGGCCGCAGCGGGUGCUGAGGGUACCUCGGCGGCGUCGGUAACAGUGGUCGCAGACGCUACCGCAGCAGCAGAGAGGGCGGCGGCGCCUGCGGCCCCGGCGGCGGCGAGAAUAACGCCUCCUCGACGAAACCCCGGUGUGUCGGGGGUUAACUUCGCCACGGAGGAGGACGGGAAUUCACCGAGUUGGGCGGCGGAUGCCGAGGAACGAGAAGGUGCGUCCGGGGAACCCGGCCGUAUCAGCAAAGAGGACGGCGACGUUUCUGGGGCGAUUCCUCGGUUGACGUCGUCAUUGUCGGAACCUGCUCGCCCAUCGUCGAUCUCAUGCGCACCCGCAGAUGGCCAUCCCGCGAUGAUGGCCGGAACGAAGGAGGCGGCGGCGGUAGGAGUAGCCCUAGGGCAGCCCGAGCUCGCGCCUGAAGCUGCUGGUGCCGCGAGGGCCUCGGAAGCGGCGGCGGCGGGGGUAAGCGGGGGUGGUGGCGACGGCAGGCGGGGAGCGCCUCCGCUGCAGCGGUCGGGGUCGGUGGUGGUGCAGGAGGUUAGCGUCAUCGAGUUUGUGGACGUGCCUCUCGUGACCCCGACUGGGGAGGUGCUGGUAGAGGCCCUUUCUUUCAAGGUAGGCAGGCAUGUUUGGACUUGGCAAGGCCGGUUCUACCUAUAUCGCGAAGAGGACGACGGCAAAAUACCAUGAUCCGCUAUACCGCUAGAAUCGUCGUGGUGUAUGGUCCCUGUGGAAAGUUUUAUUUUUAUUUUUUUCUUGUUGUCGAUUUAUUUGCAAAUAACCGGAAAAUCUUGUUCACUUUUUCCUGGGGUGGGCUUUUGUCAGACCACAAUUAUGAGACCGGAUUUCGACAGCUCUCGCGAUUCCCCAGGUGGUAUUUUUUUCCGAUUUCGAUUUCAGCAAAAAUUGACGAAGUUAUCGCCGAAAAACUGGAUUAGAGAGACCAUUUUGUUCACUUUUUCACUCCGACAUUCAACCAUAGAGCUUCAAAAAGACCACGGCAAUCGAUUCCUCUCGAAAUUCCCCACAUGGAAUUUUUUUCCGAUUUUCCGAAAAAAAUCUGGUUCGCGAGAUAUUCGGCAUUUUGUUUUGCCGAUGGGCGGCGAUUUGUUCCUGCCACUCACGCACACACGCACGCACACAUAGCGCUUGUGCGAGGGUGU